AUGUCGACAAAUGCUCUUCCUUACAUUGGACGGAAGAUCAGCCUGGUUUCAAACUCUGAGCUGCGUUACGAAGGCAUUCUCUACACCAUCAACACGCAGGAGUCCACGAUAGCUCUUCAGUCCGUGCGAUGCUUUGGCACGGAGGGCAGGAAGAUGCCUGAGAUCCCUCCAUCCAGUGAGGUCUACGACUUUAUCAUCUUCCGUGGACAGGACAUCAAAGACUUGACCGUUUUGGAAGGUCAGGGAAAGCCUUCAAGCACCACCGAUCCUGCAAUUAUCUCUGUGAAUCAACGUCCUGCAGGUAAGGAUGGAAAGGGGAAGGGUGACACUGGAGGCGUGCCAACAAUUGACAGUGACGCCUCCGACUGGGACGGACCCGCUUUAUGCAAGGCAAGGCCACCUAUGGGCCCAGCUGGCACAAUUUGGCAUCUUGGCAUCUUGGAGCUGAAAAACCUUGCUCCGCAGCAUGCUCCGCACAGAUAA